GGGUGAUUUGUCUGGGUUUAGUUUAUCGACGAGACGAUCAAUCACGAUUCCACAAGUCGAAACAAGACCACGUGAGCUCACUCCCAAUUCUGAAUCUCUUUCAAAAUGUGGAAGCUCAGCCGAGGCGUAUUCGUCGACGACGAAGAGCAUGGUCAGAGUUUAUUGGAUGAAGAUUCAGAAGAUCUAUGCUCUCUAACUCCUGUACAGAGACUGUACGCUUUUGGAGGCUGCUUGACGGGGGGCGUGGUUUGCAUGAUUUUGUCAUUGCUUGUUUUUGCUAAGCCACUCAAAUUUGCUGUACUUUUUACAUUUGGCAAUGUUUUGGCAGUCGGAAGCACAGCCUUCCUCUUUGGACCUGGGCAACAAAUAAGAAUGAUGUUUGAUUCUGUUCGUAUAUAUGCGACAGCCAUUUACCUGGGAUGUGUUGUUCUAGGUCUUAUAUGUGCUCUCUGGAUACACAAUAAGAUCUUGACAGUGAUUGCUAUGAUAAGCGAGAUAUGUGCACUAAUAUGGUAUAGUUUGAGCUAUAUUCCUUUUGCCCGGAGGAUGGUCUCUGAAUUGAUGAUCCGAUUUUGUGACACAGAACUAUAGACGAUGAAACUUGCGAUGAUGAUUCAGUGUCUUCAAGAUCUGAAAUCGUCUUGUCUUUGUUGUUUUUACAUUUUAGUGAGCACAAGACCAGUUGGAGAUUUGUUUUAUUUUUAUUUUUUGUUUUUGUUUUUUGGUCAAAGUUGAGUCUGUCCACAUAAAUGUAUAAUCCAAAAAGCCAGUUCAAUGCUUUUGCUAAUUUUCUAAAUAUAACAACAUUCUUUUCGCCAUA